AUGUUUCUUGGAAUUUUUCCUGUCAAUCGCUUUAUUUGCCGUGAAGAUACAAGCUCUUCAGAUACUCUGGUCAAAGACAUCACCGACUCCCCUCCCGUCGCUGCGGUCGGUCUUCCUUCUCCUCGUUGCGGUCGGUCUUCCUUCUCCUCUCCGCCGUUGCCACUGCUUCUUCCACCCUCGCCGGCGUCAGACCUUCUUUCUCCUUGCGAACAUCCUUUUCUUCCUUCCCGUCGCUGGCAUCCUGAACUUGUUUGGGCUGCCAUACAUGAAGCCAUGGAACAACAAAAAAUAUCCAUAACCAAAGCAGGAAUAACAACAAUUCUGAAUUGCAGGACUUCUGUAUUAGCUGCAACAAACCCUCCAUCAGGUCGUUAUGAUGAUCUCAAAACUGCACAAGAUAACAUUGACUUACAGACUACAAUUCUUUCAAGAUUUGACCUCAUCUUCAUUGUCGAAGAUAUAAACAUGUUCAGCCAAGACAAGAUUCUUCUUGUUGUUGGAGCUGAAGCUACUGCUCAAGACACGCAACAUGGAGGUACAACUCUACAUACUGCUGCUAUGACUAAUGAUUUGGAGUUAGUUAAAAAAGGCAUGAAUGAGUUGAAUUGGUUGGACCAUUAA